ACUGCUCAAUUUAUUUCCGUUCAUUUACAUUGGAGUAAUUUUAAUAGUAUUUGAACUUGGCGCACAGAAAAGUUGCACCACAGAGGCGCGACGCUAGUUCUUCAAGACUUGGACCAAAACAUUUCUUACAACUUGUAAGUUACAAGUUGAUGGACGAUAUUGAAAAAAUUAAUCCAACCAACAAUAUUGAGCCCACUCUAUCUUGCGACUACAACAAGUGCAUUUGUUUUUUCUUCUACGGCUCCACUGUCGACAAAUCUUCUCACCAAAAUCUGUGAAGUUAUUCAUUGUUCUCUCGCUUCUCAUCAGUUACUGCUCCAAGUUUGUGACAUUGUAAACCAAUUCAAGUGAAUGACGCCAAAAUUGGACAUAAUUGAUCAACAACAUAAAAAAACAAACAACUUCGUGUAAGCGGCAAAAAUCUUUUCGCCGGCAACUACCUCCAAAAUUUCAUUCCCGGCUAAUCUAUUUAUUAUCUUCCAUAGCCUGCUCAUCAGCUACUUCAUUCGUUCUGGUGUUAUUUCAAAAAACGAUAUCUUGGAACGCAUCAAUGUUGGAGGCUCAAAAGCGUGGCCGCGGUCGUCCUAAAGGGGCGAAAAAUAAACAAAAACCAGCUCGACCAAGAUCAGUAAGACCCUGUGUUGCUUGUGUCACACCAGAUUCUGCGUCAAAUCAGGAAUCAGUCUUUGCGAAUGAAUUUUCCGCAUUAUCAUUGACUAGUGAUGCAUCUCGUAGAUCACAAGGAGAAUCCAUUGCCGACUCAGCAUCCACGGAAUCGGGUAUGCCAAUUUCACAAAUGGACGAACCAUUGGUGUCAAAAGAAAAUCGCGAGAUUAGAGACACCGACUCACUCGAUAAGAAUGGUUCAGAUGAUCCAGUUGAAACUGUUUUCGGACUCGAAUCAUUCCGUGGGUGUGCAACUGCUCAAGACCUCAAAUCUAAGAUUUCUGAACUAUUUUCGAAUUCACAAGAUUCACUUUUCGAAUACCUUCUUGUUCUACAAUCCCGAGUGUUUCAGCUUGAGAAUAGUGCAACACCUCAGAUGGAAAAACAGCCGGCAAAACGCUCAGAUACUAGUAUAAUUUCCGAAUCGGAGGAUGCUAUCGCUUGGCAAAACAUUCCCCAUGAGGAAUUGGAAAAACAAAAAAUCGAAGUAGCUGCUCAUGGCAAAAAACAGACAAAAAAGAAAGCCGAGAAUUUCCUUAUAAAAUAAUCAGUGCGACUGGCGGAUUGAUUACGAGAACGUUCCUUUACGACGCGAUUAGACGAAAUUCCAAGAGAAACGAAGA